GUGAACACUAUUUGAGUAGCUGUGUCGGGGAUUGCAACGCUGAUAUCGCCACGAACACGACGAAGAUUUUCGAACUGCCAUCUAUGGACCAGGUGCAGCCCGCCGACGUCAAGUACCUUGACUGUAUCGAGCCCCUCGUCGAUUGUUUCAAGCCGUGUCGCGCAAACUAUACCGAAUUCAUGAAAACCUGGCCCCCGCCAGAAUCAAAGGACCACAUUACAUUCACUUCGCCGGAACUCGCCACCUGUCUCGUGUCCUGCGGCACUGACGCCAGUAUCAAUACAGGCAAGGUUAUGGAGGACAGCAAAUUGAACUCCACUGAGUUCAAGAAGUAUGGUCUUGUCUCGCUAUGCACUAAAACGCUUGUCGUGUGCAGUCAGACAUGUCUGAACACUUACAACAAGGCAGUAAUGUCCUUUGAUAAAGACCAUUCGCGUCUUUGAAGAGAGCUAGAUACCAAUUAGUGGUGAUAUAUUGAUAUCUCAAACUGAAUGGGGAUGCUCUCGGCAGAAUGUCGGAAUGAUUUACAAAAGUACAAUUUGGAACUUGCUUAAAGUCUUUGAUGUGUUUAUAUUUAGAGAAUACGAUGCAAUUUUUGUUCGACAAUGAGUUCCUUUGUUGUCGU